UAUUCGAAGAAACAACUGUACACUUUGAUCGCUGAUGUAGAAGCGUAUCCACAAUAUCUACCAUAUUGUCUUGGAUCAAAGGUCAUCAGUCAUAAAGCAUUGAACGAGAGCGAAUCCACGGACCAGGUGAACAAAGAUGUCCAACCGUGGAUGCAAGGUGGAUACGCUGGGGAGACACAUCUCAUUCAGCAGGAGCUUGUGAUUGGAUUCAAGGCCUUUGAAGAGCGUUACAUAAGUCAGGUAGAGUGUCGAAAAUGGGAAAUGGUCAAAGCAACCGCAGGUGACUCCCCACUAUUCAAGUGCUUGACUUCGACUUGGACCUUUCGCUCACCUGAAGAGAUCUCAUCCAAGAAACUUCCUGCUAGAGAUGACGGUUCAACUUCAACUUAUAUCUCCUUACAACUCGCCUUCGCCUUUGCUAGCCCCUUACAUGCAGCUGUAGGAGAAUAUUUUUGGAAGAGCGUGAGUGAGAAGAUGCUCCUUGCUUACCUAGGAAGGAUUGAAAAAGUGUAUGGAAAA